AUGGCUGAGAAACCCCAAAUCCAGCUCUUUGUCAAGGCAAGCGAGGAUGGGGAGAGCAUGGGCCACUGCCCCUUCUGCCAGCGGCUCUUCAUGGUGCUGCUGCUCAAAGGGGUGCCCUUCACCCUCACCACUGUGGACAUGAAGAGGGCACUGGACGUGCUGAAGGACUUUGCCCCAGGAGCCCAGCUGCCAGUUCUCCUCUACAAUGGCGAGCCCAAGACCGACACUGGCACCAUUGAGGACUUCCUGGAGGAGCAGCUGAGGCCUCCCACGUUCCCCAGCCUGGUCCCACGGUACAAGGAAUCAAGAUUGGCUGGGAACGACGUCUUCCACAAGUUCUCCACUUUCAUCAAGAACCCAGUGCCUGCCCAGGAUGAGGUGCUGCAACGGAGCCUAUUGAAGGCCCUCUUGAAGCUGAAUGAGUACCUGAAUGCCCCCCUGGAGCAUGAGCUGGCCCGUGACCCUCGUCUCCUGGUUUCUCAGCGCUGCUUCCUAGAUGGAGACCAACUCACAUUAGCUGACUGCAACCUGCUGCCCAAGCUCAAUAUCGUUCAGGUCAUAUGUCAGCAUUAUCGCCGCUUUGGGAUCCCCAAGGACCUGCACGGUGUGUGGCGCUACCUCAACAAUGCCAAGGAAACCAAGGAGUUCAAAUACACCUGCCCCAACAAUGAGGAGAUAGUGCAGGCCUAUCGCUCCGUGGUCCGGCCUCCACAGUGAGCCAGGCACACGCCCAGGUGGGCAUGGGGCCAGGGUUGGGCAGCAGGCAAGCAUUAGCCUGGUUCCUACCAUGACCACUGCAGUCCUUCCUCCAGCACUCAGAAAAGCAGAGGGCAUAAGCUAUAUUUUGGGCACCCAAAUUCCCCCAGCUGGCACCCUUGCCUGAGGUGCUGGCAGCAUGCUUCAUUGUACUGAGCCCACCAGUGGGUUCUCACUUCUUGUAUCAUGCUCCCCUCCUGGCCAGGACCCCCUCACGUUCCCUGAACCCCCCAAGCAUCAGGACUGAUGUCAGGGAGUCUCAGCUGUGGACACUGUAACAAAGCUGCAGAGUGUCCAGGCUAAUUGCAAGAGCAGAUCUUCAUGCUGGGAAGGAAAAGCUGCCCAGAGCAGAGGGCUACGGGGCCCAAGCACAGCUCUGACAAAAGCUAUCCCUGCAGCCUCCCUCAGAGAGGCACCAUGCCACCCUUAGCACGCGUGCCUCAGUGACAGGAGCCAGCAGCUAUCGCAGGAUGCCAGUGAGGAGCAGCACAGGGUCAGGGAAACUGACAGCCACGUAGAGCCUCAGGAAUAGAGUCGGGCGAUGCAGAGGGUAGUGGGCACAACACUGUCUGAGGUCCCCCAUGCUCUGGGGUAACGGAGUGGAGAGCACCAUCCCCCUAGAACCUGCCAUUAGGAAGCUCUUGGGAGCAGAUUUGGGACAGGAUUGGGGGCAAAGUGGGGAAAGUCAAAGCCAUUUAUCACAGCACCUGGAAAUCAAUAAAAGC